CCACCCCCCAACAAUGUAGAGUCGCGAUGGCAGCGCUGACUCCAUACACGUAUAUCCAAUGUCCAUGCUCGGAUUUCUCGACGCUCGGCCGGCCAUCAGACCCUAACCCACCGACGGGCACCGAGGCCGAGGUCGACGACGACGGCGACGACGACCGCACCUUUGACCCCCGUGCCCCGCGUGCAAACUACAGCCUCUACCCACUCGAGUACCUACUGUACUGCGAAGACUGCCACCAGAUCCGAUGCCCCCGUUGUAUUGCCGAGGAGAUUGUGACCUACUACUGCCCAAAUUGCCUGUUUGAGGUGCCGAGCAGCAACCUCAAGAGCGAAGGGAACAGAUGCACCCGCAGCUGCUUUCAGUGCCCAGUAUGCAUCGGCCCGCUCGCAGUGACGAGCGUCGAGACGAAACCCGACCCGAGCCUGCUGGCCGCCCCGGACAACGCCGCCGCCCCCCACGCCGGCCCGUACGCACUGACCUGCUCCUACUGCGCCUGGAGCUCGGCCGAGGUAGGCAUCCAAUUCGAGAAGCAGAACGGCAUACACGCCCAGCUGGCCAAGCUGCGGAACGGGGGCGCGACGAGGUUGACGGCCAAGGAGCGGAAAGAGCGGCGUAAGGAUCCGUCCUACCGUUCCCAGCACACAACGGAGGGCCCAGGCGCACCGCACGAGACGGAGGACCUGGACCUCGAGACGCAGUUUGCCAACCUAAAGGCAUUCCACCAGGGCCAGCUCGUGGACCCCAACUCGGCCGACACCGGGCUCACGGCCCUGGGCGACCUCGGCUUCUCCUCCCCGACCUCGCUCUCGCGCAUCAUGAGCAUCUACACCGGCGGCAGCUUACAAGACAAGAAGGCCAAGUCGCGGGUCGGCGCCAUGCGGGAAGCGCUGGACGCCAACGAGGGCUUCCAGGUGGCCAGGCUAGACGAGUCGGCCGCCAUCGAGGCGCUGCGGUCCGAGGGCCACGACGGCACCGCGUCGGCCGCCCAGCUCGCCGACCAGCCCCCGAACCUCGGCGAGGGCCACCUCCACGGCCGCGGCCGCUUCACGCCGGGGCUCCGCCCGAUCCCCUACCUCCUGCGCACCAAGCGCUCCAAGCGCUGCCCCGUCUGCCGGCACAUCAUCAGCAAGCCCGAGGCCAAGGUGCAGGCCACGCGCUUCCGCAUCCGCCUGGUCGCGGGCAGCUACAUCCCCAGCAUCGCCAUCCGGCCCCUGGCCCUCGGUAGCGGCAGCGGCAGCGGCGGCGGCGGCACCUCCGCCUCCGGGCCCGCCGUCCCGGGCGCCCUGCUCGAGCCGCUGCGGCCCGCGCACUACCUGCUGACCUUCAAGAACCCCAUCUUCGAGACCAUCAAGGUCACGCUCGGCGCCCCGGCAAAGACCCCGGGCCGCCUCGCCAGCAAGGUGACGGUGCUGUGCCCGGACUUUGAGAUCGACGCCAACACGGACGUGUGGGACGAGGCGCUCAACCAGGGCGGGGCCGGCGGUGGCGGUGGUGCUGGUGGUGCUGGUGGUGGUGGUGGUGGCGAACGAGAGAGGCGGCGGCGGAGGGGCGAGGACGGGGCCGCCGGUGGUGGUGGUGGUGGUGGUGGUAGCCAGAGCAACAUCAACCACCAGAACCAGCUGGAGGUGGGCAAGAUCUGGGAGCGCGGCCGGAACUGGGUCAGCAUCGUGGUCGAGGUGGUGCCGGCGUCGCUGCGCCUCGAGCCGGGGGACGCGCCGCUGACCGAGGACGAGGAUAUCCUGGAAAUACCCAUGUUUGUGCGCGUCGAGUGGGAGGGCGAGGCCGGCGGGGACGAGGUCGGCUCUGUUGCUACGAGGGACAGGGAGGCGAGGGAGAAGCGCGAGCUGGCCUACUGGUGCGUGCUGGGGCUGGGGCGCAUCCGGCCGUAGUGCUGCUGUGUGGAGUUGGGAUGCUAUACGUAGGGCUAGAGUAAAGUUUAGAUACCCCAAAAGUCAUGUUGGCAUCGCA